AUGACGUCCUCCCUCCUGACUCCCCUCAACCCUGACGGCAGGGGCUUAUGUCUAAUGCUUCAGUCGCCAGCGUAUGAGCUUUUCCUUGAACCAAAUGGAGUCUUCCUGCAAGAGCCAUGUGACCUUGCCUUUCAGACCGCAGCAGAGAAGUCUCCUGGAGCAUAUUUCCUUCCUGAGUUUGCACUUUCCCCUCAGGGAAGUUUCCUCGAAGACACAACCGGGGAGCAGUUCCUCACCUACCGCUAUGAUGACCAGACCUCAAGAAAUGCUCGGGCCGAGGAAGACAAAGACACCAACUGGGAUGCUUGGGGCAGCUGGAGUGACUGCUCCCGGACUUGUGGGGGAGGGGCAUCAUACUCUCUGCGGAGGUGUCUGACGGGGAGGAAUUGCGAAGGGCAGAAUAUUCGAUACAAGACGUGCAGCAACCAUGACUGCCCUCCUGAUGCAGAAGACUUCAGAGCCCAGCAGUGCUCCGCCUACAAUGACGUCCAGUAUCAGGGGCGUUAUUAUGAAUGGCUUCCACGAUACAACGAUCCUGCUGCCCCCUGCGCGCUCAAGUGUCACGCACGGGGACAGAACUUGGUAGUGGAGCUGGCACCCAAGGUACUGGAUGGAACUCGCUGCAACACGGACUCUCUGGACAUGUGUAUCAGCGGUAUUUGCCAGCUAUCACCGGCCUUCUCUCCUGAUCCCCCAGCUUCUACCACAGUCCCCCUCAGGUCCAUUAUCCACACAGCAGCCCAAGUGAUUGCUUUGAAAGGAGGUGGGGAAGCCGGCGCCUUGAAGGAGGUGCGGCUGGUGACCCACGGGCCAGUCUGUUACAUCCCUGCCUCCUUAGAGCGCAUCCCGGCGGAGAAGAGGUUCCGCCAGACAAGCUGGGACCUCAGCCCUGAACGUACUAGCAAGGACCCUUCCCAGAAUGCCACGCGCAAGAAUUGCUGGUCGCCCUGGACAGCCCCCAUCGUGGGUGCCGUUAUCCUAGGUUUCCCGCAUCUUAUUACAGGUCAGAAAGCAGACCCUCUGGAGGGGACCUUGUUGAAGUCUGGAGGGGUAACCCUUCCACCCCCCUCAGCGGUGACUGUUUCGGAGGCCGCAGUGAUGUCCUCCUCUCAGAUCCUGCUGGGGGAAGAAAAUGUGAUUGCUGUUCCUUUAGGCAGUCGAAGUGUAAGAAUUACACUGAAAGGACCGGCCCAUCUUUUUAUCGAAUCAAAAACACUUCAAGGAAGCAAAAGAGAACACAGCUUUAACAGCCCUGGAGUUUUUGUUGUAGAGAACACCACGGUUGAAUUUCAGAGGGGCUCGGAGAGGCAGACCUUUAAGAUCCCAGGACCUUUGAUGGCUGAUUUCAUUUUCAAGACCAGGUACACGGUGGCCAAGGACAGUGUGGCCCAAUUCUUCUUCUAUCAGCCGAUCAGUCAUCAGUGGAGACAAACCGACUUCUUCCCCUGCACUGUGACAUGUGGAGGAGGCUAUCAGCUCAACUCGGCCGAAUGUGUGGAUAUCCGCUUGAAGAGGGUAGUUCCUGACCAUUACUGCCAUUACUACCCCGAAAAUGUGAAACCCAAGCCCAAACUAAAGGAGUGCAGCAUGGAUCCUUGCCCUUCGAGCGAUGGAUUUAAAGAGAUCAUGCCCUACGACCACUUCCAACCUCUCCCUCGCUGGGAACAUAACCCUUGGACUGCGUGCUCGGUGUCCUGCGGGGGCGGGAUUCAGAGGCGGAGCUUCGUGUGUGUGGAGGAGUCCAUGCACGGAGAGAUACUACAGGUGGAGGAGUGGAAGUGCAUGUACGCGCCCAAACCCAAGGUCAUGCAGACCUGCAACCUGUUCGACUGCCCCAAGUGGAUUGCCAUGGAGUGGUCUCAGUGCACGGUGACUUGUGGCCGAGGGUUACGUUACCGCGUCGUUCUGUGUAUCAACCACCGUGGGCAGCACGUUGGUGGCUGCAACCCACAGCUGAAGUUACACAUCAAAGAAGAAUGUAUCAUCCCCAUCCCGUGCUACAAACCGAAAGAAAAAAGCCCAGUGGAAGCUAAAUUACCGUGGCUGAAACAAGCCCAGGAACUAGAAGAGCCCAGAAGAGCAACCGAAGAACCAUCGUUCAUCCCAGAGCCCUGGUCGGCCUGCAGCACCACGUGCGGGCCGGGCGUCCAGGUCCGGGAGGUGAAGUGCCGUGUGCUCCUGACGUUCACGCAGACGGAGACCGAGCUGCCUGAGGAAGAGUGCGAGGGCCCCCAGCUGCCCACCGAGCGGCCCUGCCUCCUCGACCCCUGCGACGAGAGCCCUGCCUCCCGCCAGCCCGACGCCUCUCCCCGGGAGGACAGCACGAUGACCUACCACUGGGAGUACGCUGGCUUCACCCCUUGCACGGCCACAUGCUUGGGAGGCCAUCAAGAAGCGAUAGCCGUGUGCUUACACACCCAGACCCAGCAGACAGUCAGUGACACCUUGUGUGAUAUGGUCCACCGCCCUCCUCCGAUGAGCCAGGCUUGCAACCCGGAACCCUGCCCGCCCAGGUGGCACACCGGCUCUUGGGGGCCCUGCUCGGCUACCUGUGGCGUCGGAAUCCAGACCCGGGAGGUGCACUGCCUCUACCCGGGGGAGUCCCCGGCCCCCCCCGAGGAAUGCAGGGAUGAGAAGCCCCACGCUUUACAAGCCUGCAGUCAGUUUGAUUGCCCUCCUAGCUGGCACAUCGAGGAAUGGCAGCAGUGUUCCAGGACCUGUGGCGGGGGGACUCAGAACCGAAGAGUCGCCUGCCGGCAGCUGUUAACGGACGGCGGCUUCUUGAAUCUCUCCGAUGAGUUGUGCCAAGGACCCAAGGCGUCUUCUCACAAGUCCUGCGCCCGAACAGACUGUCCUCCACAUUUAACGGUGGGAGACUGGUCGAAGUGUUCCGUCAGCUGUGGCGUUGGAACCCAGCGAAGAAAGCAGGUGUGUCAGAGGCUGACCGCCAAGGGCCGGCGCGUCCCCCUCAGCGAGGUGAUGUGCAGAGAUCUCCCAGGGCCCCCUCUCGUAAGAUCUUGCCAGAUGCCCGCCUGCAGUAAAAUGAAACCAGAGGUGGAGACAAAACCUGGUGAGCAGGGGCCCCAGAUCCUCGGUGUCCAGAGAGUCUAUAUUCAGACGAGGGAGGAGAAGCGCAUUAACCUGACCGUUGGGAGCAGGGCCUACUUGCUGCCCAACACGUCUGUGAUUAUUAAAUGCCCAGUACGACGAUUCCAGAAAUCUCUGAUCCAGUGGGAGAAGGAUGGCCGUUGUCUGCAGAACUCCAAGCGGCUCGGCAUCACCAAGUCAGGCUCACUAAAAAUCCACAGCCUCGCGGCGCCCGACAUCGGCAUGUACCAGUGCAUCGCGGGUCCUGCCCGAGAAACCAUUGUUCUGAAGGUCAUCGGUGCCGACAACAGGCUGGUGGCGCCCCCGGCCCUCGGAGGGCCUGUGAGGGACCAGCCUGGGACGGACCACAACGACGCCAAUAGCUUGGGCUCCACCUGGCAGAAAAUGAGGCAAUUGUGGGGUCACACAAAUGAGCCUUAUCCGGACAACGGCCAAGCUGAUAACCAGCCUUUCCUGAGAGCGCUGUUGGGCCACUGUGGCACUUCUGCGGGGAACCCCCACUCCUGGGAGUUUAAGGAUAAGCAGCUUGAAGCGGCCGUUAAGCAGGGAGCGUACAGCAUGGAGACCGCCCAGUUUGACGAACUGAUAAGGAACAUGAGUCAGCUCAUGGAAACCGAGGAGGUCAGUGGUGACCUUGCGUCCCAGGUGAUCUAUCAGCUGGUGGCCGAGCUCGCUAAGGCACAGCCAGGGCAUCCGCCAUGGAGGGGCGUCCAGGAAGGGGUGCCUCCCGCAGCUCAGCUAAGGGGGACAACAGGAAGUGUGCCCCAAGGCUCGAAUGCAGGAAACUCAGGCAAGCUGACAUUCCAGCCAAAGGGACCUGUCCUCCUGAGGCAAAGGCAGCCCACCUCGGUUUCAUUUAAUAAAACGGUAAACUCGAGGAUUGGAAAUACAGUAUACAUUACAAAACGGACAGAGGUCAUCAACAUCCUGUGUGAGCCCGUCACCCCCACUCAGGCCACAUAUACAUGGACCAAGGAUGGGGCGUUGUUAAAACCCUCAGAAAAGAUCAUCUUGGAUGGAAUGGGGAAAAUGCAGAUACGGAACCCGACAAAGAAAGAACAAGGGAUGUAUGGAUGCUCCGUAGCUAAUCGUCUGGGUUCCGACGUGGAGAGGUCUUCUGUGUUAUAUGCAGAGGCACCUGCCAUCUUGGCUAUUGCGAGAAAUACCAGCAGACGGGAGCACAGCCAUCUGUCCGUUGUGGUUGGAGGCACCGUGGAGGCACCCCUGCAAGCAAACGUGACAAUCCGCUGUCCUGUGAAAGGGAGGACUGUGCCUCCCUGGCACACUGACAUGUUCCCACUGGCAAGGCCGGAACACAGGACCUACACGGGAGGCCGGCUUCUAGUCGUGGGGCUGCUGGGUGAGCGUAGCUGGCCAAAGUUUUGUGGGUCCAAUUCUGGAGUCUCUGUUCUAUUCCAUUGGGGUUUGGAACCAAAACAAAGACGGUUGGACAGUGAAAGUGGAUUUCCCAAGGACCAGAAAAAGCAUAGGCCCCAGGCAUCUGACACAGAGACCAGCAGCAGUGACCCAACAGGAGAAGCCCUACCGUCAGAGCCUUUUUGGGAGCUCGGUAACUGGACGCAUUGUUCUGCCAGCUGCGGGCCCUUGGGAGCCCGAGUUCGGAGACCCCGGUGUGUGACGGCCAACGGGCAGGAAGUGAGUGAGGCCCUUUGCCAUCACCUCCAGAAGCCGCCGGCUGGGUUUCAGCCCUGCAACAUCCGGGACUGCCCCUCGAGGUGGCUCACAGGUGCCUGGUCGGAGUGCUCUGUGUCUUGUGGGGAAGGAUUCCGCAGUCGCCAAGUGACGUGCGUGCACACCAGAGCCAAUGGAGCCACGCAGGUGAUGUCUCCGAGGGCCUGCGCUCCCAAAGACAGGCCUCUGGGAGGAAGGCCAUGCUCCAGUCACCCGUGCGGCCAGUGGGUCGUUGGACCGGGGGGCCAGUGCCCUGCGCGUUGCCUGGGUCGCACAGCGAGGAUGCCGCAGCAUCGCGCAGCUUGUCAAGGCCACAACAGCUCUGACUCGGGCUGUGACGACAGAAGCAGACCCACCUCGAAGGGGAACUGCUCGUCCGGGGCGUGUGACGCGUGCUGGCGCCCCGGCCCCUGGAGGCCCUGCACGGCGGCCUGCGGCAGGGGCUUCCAGUCCCGGAGGGUCGACUGUGUCCACACCAGGAGCUGCUGGCCCGUGGCUGAGAGACACUGCGUGCAGAAAAAGAAACCGGCUUCCUGGCGGCACUGUGUGGGGCCUUCCUGCCAUAGAGCCUGCAUGGACACCACACACUACUGUAUGUUUGUAAAGCAUCUCAACUUGUGUUCGCUCGAUGUCUACAAACAAAGGUGCUGCUGGACGUGUCUGGAAGGGUAA